ACAAGAGAUGUUAGGUCGUUCGACCUUCGCAAUGGAUUGUGGGUAAAAAGAGAUAUUUUGCGCUGCCAAAGAGUGUCCAUGUUUUCAAAUUGACUCUUACAAACCUGACUACUAUGUCUAAACGAAAGAAGACGACUGCUCUGAUUGAUUCAGACAGUGAUGAUAGUGAAAGUGGCUCAAACCUUGACGAAGAUUUCAAAGCUCUGGCCAAGAGGAAACGCCCAGCAGCCCCGGAGCCUCAGGCCACGGCUAAAGCCAAGAGUGACUCGGAAUCAGAGACAUCAGAGAGUGACGAAGAUUGGAACUUUGGGAAGAAGGGAAGCAAGAAAAAGAAAACAAAAUCUUCAUCCAAAAAAACAAAGAGAAAAGCAGCUGUGUCAUCAGAUGAAAGUGGUGCAGAGAGUGACAAACAGGUGUCUGAGCCGGAAGAAGGUGAAGUGUCGUCCAGUGAUGAUGGCGCCGUCUCGGACUCGGAUCAAGAGGAGCAGUUUAACGAUGGCUAUGAUGAAAAUCUGAUUGGGGAUGAAGAAGACAGACUGCGAUUAGAACAAAUGACAGAGAAAGAAAGGGAGCAAGAACUGUACAACAGAAUAGAGAGACGACAGGCACUGAAAACUAGAUUUGAGAUAGAAAAGAAAUUAAAGCAACAGAAGAAAAAAGAGCAAAAGAAGAAGGAGAAAGUACUUGUAUCAUCUGUUCAGGACCUGAAAGAUCUGAAAUCAGUCACUCAGAGAAGUAUCGAAAGACGUAAAAAUAUGGAGGAGAAGAAGGACAAUAAAAAAUUCUCUGCUCUCACGGACCUGAUGAAGAAACGAGAGGAAAAAAAGAAAAUCGCUGAGGAACAGAUUAAGAAACAAGAGGAAAAACAAGAACAAAAAAAGAAACUGCUGAAAACAAGUGAUAUAUACUCUGAUGAUGAUGACGAUGAAGAGGAGGAUCCGAAAUCUGAACCAGAAAAGGAGCGGGUAGAUGAUUCUGGGUCCGAGUCAGAAAGCAGCAGUAGUUCAAGGUCAUCUGCAAGGUCGGAUUCGGAGGGGGAGGAGUCUUAUGAAUCAAGGAAACCAAAAUUUGUGUCAUGUAAAGAAGAUCUAUCCAAGAUCCGUCUGUCACGACACAAGCUGGAAAAAUGGUGUCACAUGCCAUUCUUUAAGAAGACUGUGUGUGGCUGCUAUGUGAGAAUUGGUAUUGGUAACCACGAGGGUCGGGCGGUGUACAGAAUCGCUGAAAUUGUUGACACCAUGGAAACUGCAAAAAUAUAUCAGCUUGGUACAACACGAACAAAUAAGGGUCUCAAAUUGCGGCAUGGACAUUCGGAACGUGUUUAUCGGCUGGAAUUCGUAUCUAACCAAGAUUUCACAGAUUCUGAGUUCUUCAAAUGGCAGGAAGCCAUGACUCUGGGAGACAUACCUUUACCGACUCUACAGGACAUAGAUAAGAAGGCCAAAAGUAUACAGGAGGCACUCAAUUACAAGUUCAAAGAGAACGAUAUCGAAGAGAUUGUAGCUGAGAAGCAGAAAUUUAAAAAGAAUCCUCAUAAUUAUGCCAUUAAGAAAACCCUCUUACUCAAACAAAAGGAAGCAGCUGAUCUAGAGGGGGACACGGCAGCUCAGUAUAAAAUCUCACAGGAACUAGAGGAAUUGGAGGAGAGGGCUAAUGAACUGGAUAGAAGGAGAACUAACAACAUAUCAUCCAUUAGUUAUAUCAACCAAAGGAAUCGUUUGAGAAACCAAAUCCUGGCAGAGGAGGCUUCAAAGAAGGAGUUCUUAGAGAUGAAGAAUGCUGUGGCUGAUCCGUUUACUCGACGCUCCUGUCGUCCCACCCUCGUCACAAAGGCCCGUGAUCCAGAAGUGGAGGCUAAAGUACAGGAGAGGAUGGCAGAAAGAAGAAAACUGGAGGAAGCCUCCCGUAGAAAAUCUCUGGAGGAGAUUGCAAACAGAGAGAGAGAGACCAGUGAUCAAAACCAGUUCCACAUCCAUUUAUCUGGAACAGGGCUAGAAAAACCAGAUCGGCGAAAGUCGUCGGAAGACUUGUUUGCCGUCCAUGAUUUUAACAUAGAAAUUGAUCUAGACGUCCCUGCUACCAACCCAGCAGUGGCAGCCAACAGUAGAAGCCUACAACCAGUAAAAGAGGCAGCACCCAAACGCUCCCUCAAUCUCGCCGAGUACAAGAAAAUGAAAGGACUUAUUUAGGGAAAACACGGGUUAUAAGUGUGUGUGAGAGAGUGAGAUGAUUGACGAGGAAGGAUGAGAGGGUUUGUUAUAUGUUGUGUUUCAGCCUCAUGAUGUGCUCCAGCUGACAGUUAUAGACAGGUUGUUUAUUCUGUGAAUGAAUUGCUCUGACACUCAAGAUAGAAUUUUUUUCAUUGGAAGUAAGAAAAAUUUGGUAAUUUAUUUUUCAAUGAUAUUUUGUAAAGGUAAACCCAUAUUCUGAGUAUUUCUCUCUGUAUGUUAGUAUGAAUUGACAAUUUUGUACAUUUUUUUUUCAACUUUGAUAUAGUUUGCUAACAUUGAAAUGUGAAAAGUUUUUUGGUGUAUAUAGUUAACACAUAACUUAUAAGAUACCCAAUACACAAAAAGAUUGCAGUUUGUUUAUACAUUUUUUGCUGUAUUGUUUCUUUUCUUGUUUUUUGCUAUAAAAAAGGUCCUGUUUACAUGUGACAUUGUUUACAUAUGACAUUGUAACAGUUGAAUGUAUAACGCAUUGUAUGAUGAAGCAGACUGGAAAAAAGUGUCAGAAAAACAAUUUUGUUCCAGAAAUUAACUUCCGAAUUUUUCCUUAAUUCUGCAUAUUGGGACAUGUACUAGAACUGCAGUAAUGCCCACUGAUGAGUACAAACAUGAAGACACACCAAUACUUUAAUGUAGUGAAUUUUUGUUGAAUAAAAUUUUUUUAUAUAAU